CAUGCCACUACAGGAAAUUAGAGAUUUUACGGCGUUUAAUUAACGACGUUUUAUGAAACGUCACUGUUUUAAAUAAUUAACGGCGUUUUUAAAACGUCGCUUUUGUUGUUAAUCAAAACGGCCCCGUUUUAUGAAUAGAAGACGCUUGGAAGCGCCUCCAAAUGACGAACCCUAUUUUGUCUCUCCACACCUUUAUUUUGAAAACCCACCGCCGUCAAGUUCGAAGUUAUCACUCACUCAAAUCUCUCACUCUCUUGCUCUCUCUCGAUUCUUCUUCAGAGCGAUUGCGAUUUCUAAGUUUCUCAGACCCAACCUAUCUGCAACCGUAUGGCUUCAAUCUCGUAGUUUCUCAGAGCGAUUGCAAUUUCGAAGUUCGAUUUUGAGCACCGCCGUCUACAAUCUCAGAAAAACCAAUCGAAUCCUUCAAAAUCUGCUUCAGCUCCGUGAUUUCGAAGUUCGAUUUGGAACUCUUCAUCUCUUCAAUCAGAGAUCGAUCGCAGAAAAACACUACACUUUCGGUGCAGAGUUGAGUCGGAAAAAUGAAAUACCUGCUUCAAGGUCAGGUGCUCAUUCACUUCCUAAAUCCAAUAAGAAUAAUGUGCUCAGUACAAGCCACUCAAAGCAUAAUCAGAUUGGUCAAACAGAUAUAUAUUGUUCAAAAGAGUGCAAGAAUACAAGACCCCUUUAAAAAUACUAAAAGUUCUUCAAAUAAAGCAAAGGCUGGUUGUGAUUCCUCAUCUUUGUCUGCAAAAUCACCACUUCAGCAUCCUAGAAGGAAUAUGGUAAGACUCCAAAAGAUCUUUUGACUAUUGGCUUAGUGAAACAUCGUCAUAGAAUUUAUGGGUUUAUGUGUGGCUAACCUUUAUGCUAUAUAAGUUUCUUGCUUUAGUGUUUUGCUGUCAUUUUGAUUUUGGAAACAAUCAUCACACAUUGGUCUUUGCUUUGAGCUUUUCUCAAGAUGUUUAGUAUAUGAAACAAAGAUCAUAUUGCCUUAGAAAUGAAGCUUUCUGAACAAGGGAUUGCCACUUUGUUGCCAAUAUCCCUAAAGUGAACAAGCAAAAAUCAAAUGAUUUCACCUUCUUUUUUUUUUCUUUUUUUCUUGCCUUUUCUUGAGAAUCAAACAUAACUUAGUAGCAACAACCUUCUUUCACACCCCUCACAAAGAGAAAACCAAGUCACCUACCUUAAUCAUAAGUCAUCAUUGUCCCAUUUCCUUAAUCAUUCACCAUGUGGUUGAAAAGAUUUGGCCUGUUUGUAUGGAGCCCAUUGUUUCACAGAAAAUUCUCCUCCCUAGCAUACCUUGGUUCUUGGAGAAGUACAAACCAUGGACUGUGGUACGAGUCUACCGUCCUAAAUACGAUUAAUUGCUGUCCUUGUUCCAUUUUUCUGGUUCAGCAUCUGUAUAUGGGACGAUCACCUCCUGUGUUCACAGAAAUGAGGGUUCUUCAUCAAACCACUGAUCACGACCACUUGGUAUGUAAUACUGUCUUAGUCAUGGUGGAUUUAUGUCAAUAAUGUUCUAGAUGGUGUACUGCUCAGAGAUGCGAGAAAACAAGUAUGGAGGAAAGACUUUAUUGAAUGGAAAAAGUUUUAGGUUCUGGAAAUACUCAGCUUCCUCAUCUGUUUAAUGCGUUAAAUUGACAGUUUUCAGUUUGUAAUGUUCAUGGCAUUCAAUAUGAAAAACUUUAUUGAGAAGGAAAGAGCAAAUUUUGUUUGCUUGGUGUGAAAUAUGGAAAUGCAUCCCUUUAGUUUCACGGGAAGUAUGAAAAAGAUGCUUAAAGAUGACUUUCAAACCUUAGUGGACAUUUAAGGAGUCAUUUGAACCUGAAAAUCUUCUGCAAAUGGGAAUUAUGGUAUGCCCCGAUUUAUUGGCCUUCAUUGAGAAGAUGAAGUGGAAAAUGUUCACUGUGAAAAAGAAGCAACAAACAACAUCUAGCCUCCUGGAGCAGUAAUGAUUUUGUCCAAAAUGUUCUAAGCAAAGCAUAUGUGGUCUCAGUUGCACAACAGAAAUGAUCCACUCAGUUCUGGAUUGGAAUGGGAGUGAGUUCUUUGGAGCCUUCUUUUAUUUUCUUUUUGGGCGUUGGGGAAGGAUGAAAUUCUCUGUUUUUCAAAUUGCACAAUAAGGGAUGUAAGCUGGGAAAUUUUGUUGGCUGCCUUUACUUAGAUCACACUCAUGAAUGUUAGUUGUCAUUUUUCCAGUGUUGUAAAAGUGUAUAUAACCAGAACAUAAUUUGGGGUGUGUUUUGUCUUUCGUUUAUGUAUGGGAUUCACCUUUGUGGCCUAAAUGAAAUACUUUCUGGAAGCUUUUGGAAAGCUGUAUUUGAUGUCUCAA